UAUUGAUUUCAAUGAUGGCGGUCGGCCGGCGCCUGCACCCUCGAGGAGCCUGAAAGUGCAUCGCUCCGGCGUGUUUUCCGCGUAAUACGGCGAUGAAACGAGCCUGGCGUCCUUGUUGCAGUGAAUAUUAGUCAAUUACUGGCCGAGCCAAUUAUUUUUCGACUUCCUCGAACGUAUUCGGUACCAUUAAUAGUGAGAUUUGUGAAUAGCGACGAUGCCGCCUCUGAGGUCCUUGACGUAGAGACGAGACAGUGCCGAAGUUCAUGCCAUGACUUCCUUCUCCUACUAAAAAAUACGCGUGAGUGUAUCUCAGUUCACGUUGGACAAGCUGGAGUGCAGAUCGGUAAUGCAUGCUGGGAAUUGUAUUGCCUUUGAAUUUUUCAUAAAAAUAGGCACGAACUUUCCGGACAACCUAAUACAUGCACAAUAUGUUUUAUGUUACAUUACUGAAUUGUGCACGAUUCAUUUUGCUCCGUUACUGUUACGACAUGAAUAUCUAUGAAAUUAGAUUGUUUAUUUAUAUAAACACAACCGCAUAAAAUAAUUGAGUAGAACUCGCGAAAGAAACUUUCGGGACAACCUGAUAGAUUCGUCCACGAUGUCUAAUAGUGUCUAACAUGAUAGAACAACGAUCGGAGAAAGAUGUACUGCCCACUGCAGAACAGAUUGAACCCUCGCGAUGUCUAUCCCGCGGAUCUCUAAGGCCUAGACACUGACCUCGAAAGCGAGGUGAUUGCGGUGAGUUCACUCGCUUAGAGAAGAAAGUGCCGGACAGCCGCAGAUCCCCUCGUAUAUUGCUCGUUUGAUUGCAAGGAAGCCGAGCCAAACGGGCACAUGUGUUCGCACUCAUGCACUGGCAUUGGCAUUAGAUACACAACGAUAGAGAGGUCGUUUAUAGUGGUAGGUUACCGUGGAAGCACGUUUUCCUGGUUUUACUGGUAGAUUGAAAAAUGCGUGUGCAAAAUGAGCAUGGCUAAAUUACUUUGUAUAUAUCUGUGUUUAGAUUAUUCGUGUAAAUUGAUAGCAGUUUGUAGUUAAUUUUAAAUUAAGCAAAUGCAUAAAACAAAUUCUGAAUCAAAUUACCAUCGUUUCUCUUGAUAGGCGAGACUGGUUUCGCUUUCUUCGCAAUGAAGCAUAUAUAGAAAGCAUUACGGACCCGUUACUAUAGUUUGAGAUUUUAAUAUAUAAAAUGAACGUAAAUACGUUAUUUAAUAAAUGAAUGAUCCUGGUGAAAUAUGAUUUGCUGGUUAACUAACUAUUUUAUUAGAUUCGUUCGCAAGGUGAACUUUUUCUAGUCUUUAAAAGAGGUUCCGAAGAACUACAGGUGCGAUUUACAGUUCAACCAGUUGCUUAUACAUAUAUAUUAACUUUCCCUUUUUCCUCUCUUCUUUUAUUUAUUUUGAAAUUAUUCCACUGCUUUCUUUCGGGUAAGUUUCAAGGUGAAGUAUAAACAUCACACGCUUGCACACAUGCAAUAUUGCAUUUCUUAAUAAUAUUAUACUUAACUGUACAUAAUAUUAGUACAAGAAUCCAGCGUUAAAUUUAAUCGAAAGAUCUACAUCAUAGUAGAUAUCUUUCUUCGUCCGUUAUCAUUAUCGCCAUUGUUAUUAUUAUUCUAUGAUUUUUUGCAGGCGAUACGCGUCGAUUCGCUAUCUUUAAUUAUCGAUCGGGCAUUGACAGGACAUUGUACUCGGGCUUUUUUUAAUUCUAAUCAGUGCUACCUGAUAAAACCGAUUAAUCGUCAUUGAACUAUGAGCCGCCACUGAUCGUCACUAUCGACUUCGUUUAUUUUCCUCGCUCGAUAUUCGUUAAUCGGCAAGUGAUAACGUUAACGGCUUCGCAGCUAACGACCCGGUGAAUUCCGAUGAUUACGAUAGACACGGGUCUGACUCGUCGACGCUGGAGAAAGGCAAUGGCGAACUUAAUUAAUUCCACAGCGACCUUAGUAAAUGACGCCUACGAUUACUACCUCUGGACGCUCUCUCUUGCCGAUGAACGAACGAGAGGAUGGAUGCUGGUCGAUUCACCAAAACCUACUUUGAUAUACACGCUGCUGUAUUUACUCAUUGUAUGGGCAGGCCCAAAGAUAAUGAAAAAUCGGAAAGCCUUCAAGCUAACAUGGGCUCUAGUACCCUAUAAUCUCGCAAUGGCAUGUCUCAAUGCAUACAUUGCCAUUCAGUUAUUCGUGGCAUCUACCAGGUUACGAUACAGCUAUGUUUGCCAGCCUAUUAGGCAUGUGACACGUCCUGAUGAAUUACAGAUCGCUCAUGCUGUUUGGUGGUAUUACUUCAGCAAACUUCUGGAGUUCUGUGAUACGUUCUUCUUCAUUUUACGGAAGAAGGACAACCAAUUAAGUUUUCUCCACGUCUACCAUCACUCCACAAUGUUUUCCUUAUGGUGGAUCGGUAUCAAAUGGGUCCCGAGUGGAUCAACAUUCCUGCCAGCAAUGGUAAACAGCUUCAUCCACGUUCUUAUGUACUCGUAUUACGGAUUGGCGGCACUUGGUCCAUCCGUGGCUAGAUACCUUUGGUGGAAGAAAUAUUUGACGAUCCUUCAGCUGAUACAGUUCACCACUGCCUUAAUCCUUGGCAUCAACGGUAUUCGAUCGGGAUGCGACUUCCCGCUUUGGAUGCAAUACGCUCUGGUCAUUUACAUGAUCUCCUUCAUCGUUCUGUUCGGCAACUUCUACGCAAAAGCCUACAUCGCUAAGGGCAAGCAAGCAUACGCGGAGAGACAGUUAGGAAAACUGAAAGCGAAACUCCAAUUAAAGAAGGAAACUACAGAUGGAGCAGUUUGCAACGGAAAUGUUUCGAAUGGUCACGCUAAUGGAUACGCGAAUGGAGUGCCGAAAAAGACUCAAUGAAUAACGCGCUUCCUAAGGUCUUCGUUAGAAACAACAUUGUCGCUCGAGAUGCAAGCUACGAAAAGAUUCAAAAGGAAAGAAAAUUAACGGAAUCGCGAGGAUGUCGGUAAUGAUAAUCUCAGACACAGUCGAUCGAUUUUAGUCCUUGCCAGUUGCCUCGUUCGUGGUCGAGGCAACACCAGGCAACACUCGACUGUAACCGUUUACAUACGUUCACAACGUUGCAGAAAUAUCAUUAAACCGAUGUUUCUAUGACGAACUGAUACAACGUGAUUGUACACUUGCUGGUCUGCGAUGUUAUUCACUCUUGAACCAGCAAGCACAAAAUUAGGGAAGGAUCGCUGGUCCAAGAUAUUGUAAAUACAUACAAGUUAGUUGAGUGUCAAGGUAUCUCAAAAGUCCUCAUCCAUUUUGGUAAAAGGGGAAGAAACUUCGAACAAAUAUCUGUAAGAUAUUACAUGCAUAUUUUUGUAAACAGCACUAACGUCUCAUUUGAUCAAAAAAUACGUGUAGUAAAUCAAAAAAGUUUGCGCACAACCAGUUUUUUGUAAAAACUUCGUGUAAGACUUGUUUGCUCGUUUCUUACAAUAUUAUACAAACACAUACGUAGCUAGUGUAAAACAGACACGUUAAUCGCGUCAUAAAGACAUUUAUUCGAGAUUUCCUCCACUUCGUAGAAAUGAUUGAGGACAUUUAAAUACCCUGUAUAGCAGUUUAGUCGUUGAAAGGAGAGUUAUAAGGUCGAAUGCGAUCGAAUACGAUAACGUUGCGUAAAAAUCUGCCUUGUAAAAUUAUAACGAAAAGGGAUCGAGCCGGGAGCUGUCUUUGUUUUGUUUACUCGCUUAGAAUACAAGUAUUGGCGAUCACGUUAUGGUUGUACCUACAUUUACACAUUCGAUGUCUAGCUAAUAUAUUGACAUACAGAUAUCCUACGAAAGAUCUUUUCAAAUAAAUGAGAAAGAAAGGCAUUCCAACACGAUCGUAAACCAUUAAUCAAGGCGCACACGUUACGGAAGAGGAAGUCGUUGCAUUUUGCAGUCACACGCCUAACAUUGUAUUUAUAGAAAAGCCUUAUUAUUUAAUGAAUUUUGUUUAGGCAUUUGUAGAGUAAUGAAACACGUUCGUUACUAACUUUGCUCGAAGGCCUGUUUAUCCACGACAUGAAAACAUUUACAAAUUCACGUCAAUUCUCGUACUUGAAUUUUAUCGGUCAGACGAAUUAGAUUAGUUUGAUAAACGUUUAUACUACGCAAACAAUUUUUCUACAAUAAUUUUACACAGUGAUUACAUACACAUACUAAAUGUACGUAACGUGGUGAAUCUUGUUCGUUUCAACGGAAAUGAUUGAAAUAAUAAAAUUUGAAUACAACAAAAUAGUUUGUACGCUCUUCGAGAAUCGUAAAUGCAUGUCGCACAAAUCAAAGUUCCGUGGAAAUGGAGCACGCCUAACGUUCUUGUGAACAUUUUUUGUAUCUAGUUUUCAAAACACAAAGGAGACGUCUCAGUCUGUUUGUUUCUAGCUAUUCUUCCAACCAUUAGGCAAUAGGGUAUUGUUAAUACGAUUUAUUAUUGUCGCAACAUGUAAGGAAAAUUACGAUUGUUAUAAAAAGGGCAUUGCUGUGCAAUGCGAAAGUCAAAAGAAAUGCAUUGUUAUAUUUAUCCUCAGCAGUGUUCGUUUCAUCAUAACCUUUUCCAAUCGAUUAUUAUUUAGGUACAAUAUGCUGUAUGUUGUCAUUAUAAUAUGUGUAUGUAUUGAAAUUAGACUGAUGAUUGAUACGCUGUAAAUAUUAUUUGUUCCUUAUGCUUGAUUUUCAUCAGAACAUGUAACACAGAAAAUAGAAUACAUACUUUUGAGAACCAAGAAGAACUUUCAUACAAAAUUGAUAUUGCAUUUACACAUAUCGAUAUUGUAAAAGUUCGAGUUUUCAUUUACAAGAAAUUCGUAAUACACGAGCAUAAUAUUUUGAUUAUAUAUACAAGUAACAUACAUUAUUAAUAUAAAUGACUUGAUAAUAAAAAGAAGUACAUAAUUAGACAAGAACUUAUAGUAUUCUUUGACUACAUUGUUUAUUGAAAUUUUGUACUUUUUUAUACAAAAUUUCACUAUCGUGUAUAUAACAUUUAUUAUUAGAAAGGCGAUGUCAAACAAUAACUACGUACACCAACGGCUCUUAUAGUUUAUUUAAUAUCUGUAAUGCGAACCACUAUACAUAUAUACAUAUACAUGUUUUUUAAGGGAAUUCCCCUUUACGUGCGUCACCACUUAGACACAGUUUAGAUAUUUCCAACAAACGCCUUCGAUCUAUUAAAAUAAGUGCUGAUAAAAAAUCGUGGCACUUAAAAAAAUUAACAGAAGAAUUUUCGUUAAUUCCUUUUUAUGCGAUUUUUUGUCACACACUUUUUUAUAUGUGAAAUUUGAAUAAAAAUGUACAUUUAGAAGUUUGUAUCAUAAGCAAUACUUUUUGAUACAUUUUUUUUUUUAUAAAUACCAACUAUUUAUCCUCCUUUGUAUACAUUGUAAUACCAAUUUUAACGGAGUAUAUAAAUAUGUAAUAAACGAAUACACCGA